AUGGAUAGAGUACACAGAGGGACCACUUCUGGCUCUGGGGGACCAAUGGAAGAAAUGGAGUUGAGUCCACCCUCACACCCUCUCAAGAAAAAGGUCCAAAGUUGGGUCAUGGCAGUUUGCUGUGAUCUUGAAGUGGAUGUCAAUGGUGAAGAGACUUUCCUGGUGCACAAGAAGAUCAUUGCUGCAUAUUGUGGCAGAUUGAGCAAAUUAUUUGGUAAAUCAACAGGUAGUGCAAGAAAUUUGAAAGUGAUAUUCAAUGACUUUCCUGGUGGGGCAGAAAGUUUUGAACUCAUGUCAAGGUUCUGCUACAAUAAUGGUGGAAUUGACAUAACUCCUUCAAAUAUUUCCUUCCUACAUUCUGCUGCACAGUUCAUGGAGAUGAACAAUUCUGUAUCUGGAACUCAUAAUUUACUGGAAGAGACUGAGAAAUCACUUAAAGAGAUGAACUAUUGGGCAUGGUCUGACCUAUUGAUCGCUAUAAAGCAAUGCCAAGAUUUACUUCCAUUUCCGAAUUCUUCAGCUAUUCUUGAAAAAUGUGUGGAUUCUCUUGUUGGAAGGAUGGCCAGUUCUAGCGAGCCUAGCCCAUGUCCAUCUAUUUCUUCUCCAGAUAGCUCUGGAGUUCGGUUUUCAUGUGACACUAGAAGCACCGAGAGUUUGAAGAAUAGCUUCUCUCGAGCAACUUGGUGGUUUGAGGAUCUUUUGGUUUUGAGCACUAAUUUGGUUGAAAUGGUGAUCAAAUCCAUGGUCUUGCAGAAGUUUGAUCACGUUAUCAUUAGUAAAUUUCUCUUUUAUUACCAGAAAUCAAAAUGCUAUACUGGCAAGUCUGACGAGAAGCGUAAAAUUGUGGAAACUGUAAUAGAUAUGAUUUAUAUUCUGGAUUGGAACUCUGUUUCAUUCAAGAGUUUAUUUUGGAUUCUUCGAGUUGCUUUGACUUUGAACAUAAGCAAAUGUAGAAGGACCAAAUUGGAGAGUAUGAUAGGUUCCCAGAUGGAUCAAGCAACUCUAGAUAAUCUGCUUAUUCCAUCUCCAUAUGGGAUGAAUUACUUGUAUAAUGUGAAUCUUGUUCUAAGGUUCUUGAAAGCAUUUCUGCACGGAGGAAUCAGUCAAGUGUCUCCAACGCAAUUGAGAAAAGUUGCUAGCUUGAUGGACUUGUAUAUAGCAGAAGUAGCCCCAGAUCCUUGUCUAAAGCCUUCUAAGUUCCUGGCCCUAACCAUGGCCCUGCCAGAUUCUGCCAGAGAUUCAUACAACGGAAUCUACCAUGCCAUAGACAUGUAUCUGCAGGUGCAUACUGCAUUAUCAGAAGAAGAAAAGAUAAAGAUAUGCUGUGCAUUGAAUUAUGAGAAGUUCUCAGCUGAAGCUUGCAUUCACCUUUCUCAGAACAAAAAGUUUCCAUCAAAAAGUGCAGUCCAAGCUCUCAUGUCUCAGCAAGUCAAGCUGAAAAGCUUACUCAAAGCCACAGACAAAACGAAAUGCUAUAUUGAUUCAUCUUCUGGUGUUAGUGAAAUUGGAAGCAAGGGAAAGAGAAAUGAAGACGGUGAACAAAUUGUGCUCUAUGCGGGGGAACUUGACCUUCCAAAUGGCAAUGAGAAACUUAAAGCACAUUUGCAAGGAAUGCAAUGGAGGGUGAUGGAAUUGGAAAAAGUAUGCAUGAAAAUGCAAACGCAGAUGACAAAAAUGAUGAAGUCAAGAUUAUCAAGCCAUAGUACUCCCAGAUCCUUACCCAAGCUAUGUUCAUGA